UAAACUCAUGGAUUCAGAUCAGUUCUCUGAUGGAUUCACUCUUCUCAUGGUACACUGUGAAAGUGGGAAUUUAGAAGAAGUUAUAAAAUUGGUUAACAAAUGGUCCAAGAAAAGGGUUCAAGCUGAACUUCGCAAGACAAAUAGCUUUGGAAACACUUCUUUGUCUCUAGCUGUUAAGAAUAAUCAUCAUUCUUUGACUCAAUUUUUGCUCGAACAAGGUGCUGAUGUCAAUGAUCCUAAUCAUUCAAGGCAACCUCUUCUAUUCAUGCCAUGCUGGAAAAAUGAUCUUGGAAUGGUGAAAAUCCUCCUUGAGCAUAAUGCAGACUUAAAUUUUCAAGAUUCCAGAGGUUGGACAGCACUCAUGAUAGCCUCAGCACAAGGAUUCGAGGACUUAGUAAAGUAUCUUCUUGAUUGAGAUGCAGAUACUACAUUAAAAGAUAAAUAUGGAAAGCAAGCAAUAGAUAAGGCUAAAUCGCACAAAAUAUUCUAUAUGCUUUCUCAAUCUGCUGUUGAACAAAAUAGAGCCCAGCUAGAAGUCAACGAUGAAAGAAUACUCCCUGAUUUAGAGAUUGAGUCCUUGCAUAAAUCUGGUUUCAAGGCAGAAUUUGUACAAGACCCAGAUUGUAGCUCUAUUAAAAAGGAACUUUUUAAUAGCCCUGAGCUAGUUCAAGACCAUCCAGAAGAACAGACAAAGGCACAUUAUACAAAUCCAAAACCUUCUAUAAAUAAAAGUCCUAUUUCCAAGAGAAAGAGAGCUGAAAGAGAACAGAAUGUCAAGAAAGUCAUCCAGAGCAGUAUAAAAAGAAACGCUGAAAGGAUGAAUGUGGCACAGAAAUAGCGUCUUCUCAGCUCUAAUUCAGGAAGAAAUUCUUGAGUCCUCGAAUAGGAUCUUUCAGAAGCUGUAUCGGUCUAUCCUGACUUCGAAUGAUAAGCUCAAGCAGGAAUUGGUUAGUCAUGUAGACCUGAAGCUGAAGGUAGCAUGCCUCGAAAGAGGCAUUUUUAAGCAUGAAGAUUUCACUGGGAAUAGACCAUUAGACAUCAUUGCCCUCAGUGAUGUAAAAUGUGUUAGUAAUAAAGCAUUCAAAAUGACUAAGAAAGAGCAAAAUAAGAUUGAACAGGUUCUCAGAAGCCCAGAGAAAUUAACCCCGAAAAGGCAAUUGAAGAAGAAAAUAGAAGCUCCAGAUACAGACUUGAGUGGGCUAAAGUACUCUGCCAAAGAUCUGGAAGCUCUUAUUUCAGAACAAGUUCAAGAAAUUGAGGAUAUAAAUGUCAAGAAUUGUGCAAAACUAAUCAAAGAUAUCAUUGCUGAUAAAAUUACAAAACUUCAAAAUAUUGUGGAGGAAAAUAUCGAGAGAAAAUUUGAAGAGAUCCAAAGAUCAUUUGAUAAAACUUUUACACAGCUGAUCGAAGAAAAAUGUAACUUUUUGUUCACACAGGGUCAGAAGGCUGCUAAAUACAUGUUAAAAGAGACACCAAAUUCUUCAAAGAAGAUGUCUUCAUCAUUAAAGAGGGUAAAGAGGUCUGCUUCUAAGCCGAAUUUCCUCAGUAACAAAUCAGAAGACCAUCUAUUUUACCACAAGCCAAAGGAUAUUUCCUACAAUGGGCCUUUAAUAAUGAGGGUUCCUUCAAAUCACACCUCUGAGUCAGGUACUAAAGUUCGUAAAUAUACUCUUUCCAAGAGUUUUCAUUCUAUUCCAAAAAUGAGUAUGACGCCUCGAGUUGAUGAUGAACAUCACAUUGAUGAAAACUCCAGAUCUCCAGAGCCAGAGUCCUUCCAUUCUCCCCAAGCCAAAGAGAUUGUACCAGAGGAGGCUCCAAAGCUGCAUGAUGACUCCAGUAGUCUUCAUGGGUCCUUCAUGAGCCAGGUCUUAAAAGAGGACUUAAGUCUAGGACAAGAGUCGCAGACUCAGAUACAGUUCAAGUCAAAAAGAAUGCAAGAGCUAGCAAAGAAGUAAGAAUAUCAGGAUAAUUCAUGAUUUCAAUAAGAUCAA